AUGAACUCUUCGUGGAUGCUUUAGGAAGCUUAAAAUUGGUUGGCUGAAAAAUUAUAGUUCACAGUAAACUUAAGCUCCCUGAAAUCAAAAAUGGUUUCAAUAUUUCUAAUACUCAUGGAAAUAUGUAGAUUAAAAAGGGAAUUAUUAUGAAAUUUUACUUCCAAUGUUAAUUUAAGGAUCGAGAAAGACUUUGUAUUUGAAUUAGAAUUACCUAACUUAAUUGCACAAAACAUAAGUAAUGAAAGAAAUGCUUUGAUUAUGAAAGCUCAGCUUUAAAAUACUGAUCCAUUGUCGAAAAAAAACUUUAAAAAAUCUGCAACUCUGAUUUUAACAUUCUUCAAUGAAGAUGAAUAUAUUUACUAAAAUGAAGAAGACAUAGAAGUAUUUGAAUAAUACAAUAGAGUGACAGUAGCUUAAAUAAUCGAUAAUGCAAGAGAAUCAUGCGAAAAUUAGUAACUUGAUGUACCUUAAAAUUAAAUAGACUAUGCUAAUGUAUUAUUAAUAAUAUUUUCAGUCGCUUUUGUACUGCUUUACUUUACUUUUAUUUUACUAAUACGAUUACAAACUAAUUAACGAAUGGCUUCAUAGGCUCCUUCCCUUAUUUAAGAUUAUAUUAAGCAAAACAAGCAUCUUAGAGAGGAAUCUUUACUUCAUAUGGUUAAGGAUAAAUGAUGCAAUUAAGUUGCAAUAGUUACAAACAACAAGGAGUAAACUAAAUAUUCCCAUUGGAUGGAAUACUGUAAUAAUAAAGCGCAAAAUUUUAAACUUUCUCUAACUAGUUAUAACAGGAUAUGGUCUAAUAACUUUAAUUCAGAAAAACUCAAAACUGA